AUGGUCACACUCCUGGGCUUCGGAUUUAUCGUUGGUAACGUCAUGCUCAUAGAGAUCUUCAUGCCGGAUCUCAUUGGACCGGGUCCUUCUUGGCUGUAUUACAGUUUCGCUUUGGGAAUGUGGAUGUACUCGACGCUCGACAAUGUGGACGGAAAACAAGCGCGACGGACUGGCACCUCCAGCGGAUUAGGAGAGCUCUUCGACCACGGAAUUGACUCCCUCAACUGCACUCUUGCCAGUCUGCUUGAAACCGCCGCAAUGGGCCUAGGCUCCACCCAACUCGGCGCUUGGACUGCUCUUGUGCCAUGUCUCGCCAUGUACUUUUCGACCUGGGAGACAUAUCACACCCACACGCUCUAUCUUGGCUACUUCAACGGUCCCACCGAAGGUCUUUUGAUCGGUAUUGCGAUUAUGAUUGCUUCCGGCUGGUACGGCCCGCAAAUAUGGUCUCGACCCAUUGUGGAAUUCCUGAACUUGCCAGGCCUCUUUGGCAACAAUUCUAUGAAGGAUCUGUGGGUGCCGAUACUUCUCGUCGGUUUUUUCUUAGGGCACCUUCCUGGCUGCGUCUACAAUGUCGUGUCAGCUCGCAGAAGUCAAGGACUCCCCAUUACUCCUAUCUUCAAGGAAUGGGUGCCGAUGAUCAUCUUCACUGGAUGCAACAUGGCCUGGCUCUUCUCCCCGUAUUCGUCCCUUCUCUCUGGCAACCGACUAGUGCUGUAUUGCUGGACGAUUUCCUUCGUCUUUGGUCGGAUGACCACGAAGAUCAUCCUCGCCCACCUACUUAGACAACCAUUCCCGCAUUGGACGGUGCUGCAGGCUCCGCUCAUCGGCGGCGCUAUUCUCGCCAACUUCCCCUUCUUCGGUCUUCCCGCAGUCAGCGCCUCCCUCGAACUUUUUUACCUGCGGGCCUAUUUCUUCUUCGCCUUUGUUGCCUACAUGUACUGGGCCGUUUUGGUGAUCAACCGCAUCACGACCUUUCUCGGCAUCAACUGUCUCACAAUCCGUCGGGACAAAUCAACUGAGAGAGAGCCUCCCUUCCGCAGCCUGGUGGCCGACAACUCCGACAGGGGCAGCCUGAAGAGCCAUUGA